GCCUCAUCGACAUUCUCAUAUCUUCUAAUUCUACUCCAUCCCUUGAGUCUGUGUUAAACAACCUUCACCAGCCAUGACUUCCAUUGGCACUGGGUACGAUCUCUCCAACUCCGUUUUCUCCCCAGAUGGUCGCAACUUCCAGGUAGAAUAUGCCGUUAAAGCGGUAGAGAAUGGAGGGACAGCCAUUGGUAUCAGGUGCAAAGAUGGUGUCGUGCUCGCAGUAGAGAAGAUCAUUACCAGCAAGCUUCUGAAGCCUGGCGCCAAUAAGAGAAUAGCUACGGUUGAUCGUCACGUUGGCAUUGUUUCCGCCGGUCUGGUGCCAGACGGGCGACAUUUCGUUUCUCGGGCUCGUGAUGAGGCUUCAUCAUGGAGAAGUGUUUACAAAGGGCCAAUUCCAACUUCUGCGCUAUCCAACCGCCUUGGGAGCUACGUGCAAGCUUACACACUCUACUCUAGUGUCAGGCCUUUUGGCGUGACUGCUAUUGUCGGAGGCUGGGACUCCGAAGCCGAGCUUGCUGUCGACGGUCAGGUCGGAAGUGGGCCCAAGUCGGGUUCUGGCGGUAAAGUCGAGGGCGCUAAGACUGGAGGUCCAGGUCUAUAUAUGAUUGAGCCAAGCGGCCUGUACUGGGGUUAUUAUGGCGCCGCCACCGGGAAGGGGAGACAAGCAGCCAAGGCUGAGCUUGAGAAACUCGACCUGGGCUCCGGCACACUGAGCCUUCUCGAUGGAGUAAAGGAAGCGGCUCGGAUUAUCUAUGUCGCCCAUGAAGACAGUAAAGACAAGGACUUCGAACUGGAAAUGACCUGGAUUAGUUCAUUAGACGGUCCGACGAAGGGAAGGCACGAGGAGGUACCUAAAGAACUCCGUGAGGAGGCAGAACGGGCAGCAAAGAGAGCUCUGGAGGGAGAGGAUGAUGAAGAAGACGCAACAAAGGGUGAUUCAAACGAGAGCGAGCGGAUGGAGGAGUGAACUUUACAGUCUGAACCCUACACCUGAGACUCUGUCAAAGAAUUAUUCAUCUCGUCAUUUUACCCCUAUUCAUGUGAACCUCAUAUCCUGAUGCACAGUAAACGAAUGUAUGCUAUAUGGCAAUUGUGCCUUAAGACCGCCAAUCAAGGUUGCUGAUCUUCGACGUAUACA